AUGUCUGAUUCCAACACAACCGACUUCACCAACCCCUCCACCUUCAUCCUGCUGGGCAUUCCUGGCCUGGAGAUGGCCCAUGUCUGGAUCUCCAUCCCCUUCUGCGCCAUGUACAUAAUAGCCAUCUUGGGGAACUUCACCAUGCUGGUCAUUGUGAAGAGGGAGAAGAUCCUACAUGAGCCCAUGUACUAUUUCCUCUGCAUGCUGGCCAUCAGCGACCUGGUCCUGUCUACAUCCACCCUGCCCAAAAUGUUGAGCAUUUUCUGGUUCAAUUCCAGGGAGAUCGAGUUCAGUGCCUGCCUCACCCAGAUGUACUUCAUUAACUGCUCCUUAGUGAUGGACUCUGGGUUCCUUGUGGCCAUGGCUUUGGAUCGCUACGUGGCCAUCUGCAAUCCCCUGAGACAUUCCACCAUCCUGACACACCCUGUGGUGGCUAAGCUUGGCCUGGCCGUGGUGCUGCGCGGCGGCAUGCUCAUACUGCCAUAUCCCUUCCUGGCGAGGCAAUGGCCAUAUUGUAGAACCAACAUCAUUCCCCACUCGUACUGUGAACACAUGGCUGUCAUGAAGCUGGCCUGUGCCGACAUCCGCGUCAGUAGUUACUACAGCCUCUCUGUGGCAUUCUUGGUGAUAGGUCUGGAUGUAUGUUUUAUUGCCAUGUCCUAUAUCCAGAUCCUCAGGGCCAUCUUCAGACUCCCCACAAAGGACGCCCGGCUCAAGACUUUUGGGACCUGCGGCUCCCACCUCUGUGUCAUUUUAGCCUCUUACAUCCCAGUUCUCUUCUCUGUCCUUACACACCGGUUUGGCCACAAUGUGGCUGUACAUUUCCACAUUCUGAUGGCUAACGCCUACCUGCUCGUGCCCCCCAUGCUACAUCCCAUCAUCUACGGGGUGAGGACCAAACAGAUCCGGGACAGGCUGCUCCGGCUACUUACUCAUAAAGGGAUGUAA